CACUACUAUAUAACAAAUAAUUUGAGCAGGAUGAAAUGGAUGGCUCGGAAUGCGCAGAACAGCAACCGAUAACGUACCCAAGACAACCUCCUCAAGAAAACCAAACUGCAAUCUCCUCCUCAAAUUGUGGUGAAUCCUCACUCACCAGUCCUAUUGAAUCAUCACCCACCAGUCCUAUUGAAUCCUCACCUACCAGUCCUAUUGAAUCCUCACCUACCAGUCCUGGUGACAUCUCAGUUCCAGAUCAAACCUUUCAUUCUGUCCGGAACGCUUCAUUCACCACCUGUAAAGGUGGUACAGACAGCUUCUACUCUUGUGUUGACACCUCCGUGGAAGGUGACCAGAGUGACCUAGAGAGGACUGUUGUGGCGUCCACUCCCAGCAAGAUCCACCACAAUCCCAAAGAUGCGAUCUUCAGGAGUAUGGAAAGUAUUGAGGGAGUAGGUUUUGGUGAGGGUUCAGUAAGUGUGGUUGUGUCUGAUGCUGAGUUGUCGAAAACCUCUUCCCGAGGAUCGGUACCAGAUCUGAACGUUGCGAAUUCCAAUCCAAGAAUUUUCAAAACUCAAAGUUCUGUCGAGUUAUUAGAAGACAGUGGCGAAGAAAAUGUGAUUGAUGAGGAUCCCUCUUCUAACUUAACAGAAAGGGCGGAUAGUAUAGACAUCCUUCCUGCUUCAUCUUCUAUCAACGUUAUCGGAUCAUCCGAGCACAUCACUGAUCAUGUCGACCACGUAAGAGCACGAAACUCCCUCAGUAACGACACUACGGUCUCCAUCAGGUCUUCCGUCUCUUCUAUCGCCAUCCUCGGUACAUCUUCUCAGAGUCCGGACUUUACCCUACCAUACUCCCUUCAAGAGGGUCCUGGUUCUGCAGAAGAUGAAGCGUUUGAUGAAAUGCCAGACAGCUCUACAGUAGCAGAGGAGGAGGAGGGUGGUGUUGGAAUACUGGAGACGUCUUUGGAGCUGAUGACCACCUCUGUGGAGACCGUCCAAACUGAAGUUUCUCAAGAAGCCAUGUCUGUGGAUACUGUCAUCAGUCCUUCUGUGUCUUUUGAUCAGAAAAAUAACUGGAAAUCAGAACCAUAUUCAAAUACAACGCCCGGUUUAGAUGAAGGGUCCUUUCAAGAUGAUGAGGCGUCAAAAGAACAAAGUUCUAACAUUGAUUAUUCAGACGAAUCUAAACUACCCCCCUCGCCUAAUUUGUUGGAUGAAGUUUCCUCCCCUACUUCAAAAAUCCAAAAUACACUGGAUCAGUUGUCUACUAACUCCUUAGGGACUACGAAUCUGGAAUCACCUUUAACUGAAAUGGUUGACGAAGCAAUACUUCCUCCUAAUAGUGAAACUGAAAACCAUUUAUUCGAUACUGUUACACCUGUUGACGGUUCUGGAACCGAAUCACUGAUAUCUGAAACAGAGGAUGGUGCUACUUCUAACUCAACCGAAGAAUCUGGAAAUCUUGAGGUGCAAUCAACGAGCUCCCUACAACUUUCUACAGAAACAGUGAUAUACACUCCAAUACCUGAGCAAUACGAUGUAACUGUCUCUCAACUUCCAGGUAACUAUGAAGGUUGCCCUUCUGAUGCCCAACAAGCAUCUUCAAACCAGAUAAACAUUUCAACCUCAGAGCUAAAGCUGUCAGAUAAAACUAAAGUUUCUGAAGAACCCGCUGAGAAAAUAGUUGUUACUCCUUCACAAUCCUCGGAACAAGCUACUAGAGUUGAGCAAUUAACCGAAAGUUCAGUUAUGUUAGAACAAACUCAGAUUUCGAACUCAGACCUUCAUGACAUACUCCAAAUUCUUCCCUCUAGGGCAGGUUUUGUUGUUUCAGAAAUUUCAGGGCAAGCUGAUGCAGCUGAUUUAGAAAGAAAGGCGCCAAAGGAUACUCACGAAUCUGAAAUUAGCGAGAAACUGAAAGCUCCUGUUUCAGAAAUACCCAUUCAAGCAGUUGUUGCUUCUUCAGAAAUUCAACAAGAUACACUGGCUUCUGAAAUUCAAGAGCAACUAGAUUUUGAUUCUCAGACUGAAGUAAUUUCAAACCAAGAAGAUACACUGGCCUCUGAAAUGACGGUGCAACUAGAUGUUGAUUUUCAGACUGAAGUAAUUUCAAACCAAGAAGAUACACUGGCCUCUGAAAUGACGGAGCGACUAGAUGUUGAUUCUCAGACUGAAGUAAUUUUAAACCAAGAAGAUACACUGGCCUAUGAAAUGACGGAGCAACUAGAUGUUGAUUCUCAGACUGUUAAAGUAAUUUUAAACCAAGAAGAUACACUGGCUUCUGAAAUGACGGUGCAACUAGAUGUUGAUUCUCAGACUGAAGUAAUUUCAAACCAAGAAGAUACACUGGCCUCUGAAAUGACGGAGCGACUAGAUGUUGAUUCUCAGACUGAAGUAAUUUUAAACCAAGAAGAUACACUGGCUUCUGAAAUGACGGUGCGACUAGAUGUUGAUUCUCAGACUGAAGUAAUUUUAAACCAAGAAGAUACACUGGCUUCUGAAAUGACGGUGCAACUAGAUGUUGAUUCUCAGACGGAAGUAAUUUCAAACCAAGAAGAUACACUGGCUUCUGAAAUGACGGAGCGACUAGAUGUUGAUUAUCAGACUGAAGUAAUUUUAAACCAAGAAGAUACACUGGCUUCUGAAAUGACGGAGCGACUAGAUGUUGAUUCUCAGACUGAAGUAAUUUCAAACCAAGUAGAUGCACUGGCUUCUGAAAUGACGGAGCGACUAGAUGUUGAUUCUCAGACUGAAGUAAUUUCAAACCAAGUAGAUGCACUGACCUCUGAAAUGACGGAGCGACUAGAUGUUGAUUCUCAGACUGAAGUAAUUUCAAACCAAGAAGAUACACUGGCUUCUGAAAUGACGGUGCAACUAGAUGUUGAUUCUCAGACUGAAGUAAUUUCAAACCAAGAAGAUACACUGGCCUCUGAAAUGACGGAGCGACUAGAUGUUGAUUCUCAGACUGAAGUAAUUUCAAACCAAGAAGAUACACUGGCCUCUGAAAUGACGGAGCGACUAGAUGUUGAUUCUCAGACUGAAGUAAUUUCAAACCAAGAAGAUACACUGGCUUCUGAAAUGACGGAGCGACUAGAUGUUGAUUCUCAGACUGAAGUAAUUUCAAACCAAGAAGAUGCACUGGCUUCUGAAAUGACGGAUCAGGUGAACCCCGAUAUUCCAGUAUCAGAAAUCCAGCAAUCAGAUAUCCCAGCUUCAGAAACACAAAUACAGAACCAAGCAGAUAUAACUUCUGCAGAAAUUCCGAAUCAAGUAGAAACUGCUUCUUCGGAAAUUAUGGAGCAACAAGCUCUUCCAUCUUCAAAAAUUCAGGACUAUUCAAAUGCAGCUUCUUUAGAUGUACAGGAGCAACCAGAUUCAGAAUCAACGAUCCCGGAGGAAGAAACCUCACCGGAAACCUCUAAGCAGCCUCAAGUUUCCCGCUGCAUGUACCCUAAUGUGGUGAUAAAACCGAGCCUCCAGAUAGCCGAGGGAGACAUUGAAGCUCUUAAAAUGAUGGACCCAGUGGAGUACUCCUCGUCAGUGGAGUCUACUCCCUCUUCUGAGUUACCUCCUAGUAUCUCUAGUCGGGAGCACACGACGAGUGAAACGUACGGAGACUUGAGUUUUGAGUCGGAGUUAACGGUCCACACUGACGAUACCACGGUACCUCUUCAAGGAGGUCGCUCCUCCAGUUUAAUUAGUGGACUGAGCGUACCAGACUCGAUACACAUUUCCGAGGAUCAUCCAGCCUCUGACCUGCUUAUCUCCCGGCUGGCGUCCGUCCUACCAAAGGAUGACGUCAUCUAUAUUACCACUAAACAGAAAUACAUGUUAAACAAACUGGAAUGUACUAACGAGAAGCUAAAGAGCUGUAACCAGUUAUCAGCUGCUCAGUACGACAAGGCUGCUCAGAACUUUAAGUAUUACACCCGUCUCUUGGUGGAGAUGAGGCGGGAUGUGGACACAGCUUUUAAACGGAUACAGUCGAUAAAGGGGAAGCUAGCUGUCACCUACCCUGUAAUAUAUGAGAGGAUGAACAGAGAAGUAGAAACAGACUACACCCAUCCUGACGAGGAGGACUUGGCGGACCUCGCAACUGCUUCUACCCAAUACCUUAGGCAUUCCUCGAAAGACGACUCCACAAAAACUUACAUCAUCAACGAUGACGAGAUUUCAGAAGUGAAAUAAAGAGAACGAGAUGAGACGCUGAUCUCUCUUCCACUCCUUAUUUGGUCAGUAACUUAAGUCAGUCUCCUCUACCCAGAUGGCUCUAAUCUCCGAACACUUUUGACUUAUUUGGACCCUAUAUUAUUUACGUCAGAUUUUUACCUCGCGUCAUUUUGUAACCGACAGGGUCAUUUAAGAUCCCAACUUUUUUAUCGUUCAUGUUCCAGUUUCUUUACAGCUGGUGCAGUAUUAUUUAAUAUACGAAUAUAAAUGUGCGAAUGUUUCCUUUUGUGUUAGUUCAGUGUGUUUUUGUAAAUUUGUUGCACGGAAGAUUUUGUUAAGAUAUACGCGAUGGAUUGUUAAGCCAAUUGUUCUAAACCUUGUUUAUGUUUGAUUUCUGUUGAACGAUUAAGAGACAAGAGUUAGAAAACCGUCCAAAGCUGUGCUUUGAUCAAGCUUUAUGGUUAUGUAUAUUUCGUAAAACUCAAUAAUUUAUACGAUUCGUUA